CGUUCUUCGGUGCGGUGCGUAGUGCGGGCAUCCAACAAAACUCCAAAUGGAAUCAGUAAUAACAAAAAACUGACCUAACGUUACAGACCUAUCUAUUAAUAGUAAAAAAAAGAAAGAAAAGAAAAGAAGCGGUUUAGGGGCGAAGACCACCACAAUGAAGCUGUUUCAGUGCAUGGGCUGAGAAAAGCCUCUGGUCCCUGCUCAGAAUGGACAGCUUCUUUAAGGCAGCAGUGUGUGACCUGGAUAAGCUGCUGGACGACUUUGAACAGAAUACUGAGGAGCUUGAUUGCAAAUCCGCUCAGUCAGAAGCCUCCCCCUCCCUCUACCCUGGCGCCUCCCUCAACCCUCAUGGCUUUGCCCCGGAACCUUCCGCGACCGCCGAAGUUCUUCCUGACGUCAGCAACCUACACUACAAUUCUUCGCUGCAGUACCCUGAUCCUCCACCAAGCUACAGCUUUUACCCGAAGGACAGUGAUGUGAAAGGGAAGCCUUUAACAGGUGUGGACCUGCUCUCCUCUGUGGACAGUAGGGCAGUUAAAAGCACACCGCCGCCAUGUCCUGACAGGGCCCUGAAGCCCGUGUGUGACUUGGUAAGUGACACUGGGUCUGCUGUGCUCCUGCGGGCCAACAGCCAUGAUGCCUUCAAGGAGCUGGAUAUCAUUGAGAAGCAGCUGGAGGACGACCUGCUGGUGGACUUUGACUCUCCUGUACUGUCCCCUCCCGGAGGCAUGUUGCAGGCUGGGUAUGGUAGAACUCUUGCAAGUGAUUUUCUUCCUGGUGGGGGGUACUUGGGGCAGGAGGCCAGUGACCAUUUGGCAACUGAAGUGCGUUCAGCCUCACUGAGCCUUUUGGAUAUUAUUUUGCCAGCGGCUGCAGAGACUUCCUCAGAGCCUCGAGGCAUCAGUUUGCCAAGCCCAAGCGACUCUGCGAGUCCGGAGUGUAUAGGCACAGAGAAAGAGAUUCUUGAAAAUGACCAGAGUUCUGCAAGCACAGAACUCUCUGAGGAGGACGCUGAGGUACUGUGUGUUGCGGAUGCUGAGGUGGAUGUUAAUCUGGUCUCUGAUAGGGGUGAGGGUAGCGGGGAGGAGGCAGACACUGUGCACCCCAUGUCUGACUCCACAGAGAGCGGGGAGACUAGAGACUGGAAUGAGGACAGGCCAGAGUUGCAGAUGGAGACGGAGAGAGAAGGAAAGCUGGAGAGCUUGGAUGCGCAGGCUGCCUGCUCACCCCCACAAGGUAACGGCCGGGCUGCCUUGUGUACCAUGGAAGAGAGGGAGUCCUCCCUCUCCUGCAUCCCCAUAGCUGUCUCCAUGUGCGGAUCUCUUGUAUCUUCAAUGGACUCUGAGGAGAGGAUGGGACUUGGGGUCGAGGAAGAGGCUCAGGUAGUGUCCUCUGCCAUGCAAGUGACUGAAGCCUCUGCCAUCCCAGAGGAACAGCAGGACGCUCCUCCAUUAGCUGAAAUUUCUGCCAGUCCCGAUGCCACCUUCGAUAAUGGCGCUAAUCGGUUGGAACACCCAGAGGUGAUGCCACCUUCCUAUGAUGUUGUCACUCAGGCCAGUUGUGAGGCGUUUGAAGCCUGCUCAUCUCCGGAGGAAGACUCUGGGAGCCUUGCUGAGGCAGUUCAGUCUCCCUCCACACGCCUGAGCCCAGGAACCCCCCCGGAGUUUGAGUUUGUGGAUGGCUUCCUCCCUGAAAGUGAGCCAGGUGGAAUGCUUGUGACGGAUGAAGAGCUGGACGCCUUUUUGAUGGGGCAGGGUGAGAAGGAACCUGCGGGGAUGGCCUCUGAGAAAUCCGCAGAUGAGGGGUUUUCGGAAAUGAAUGGAGAUAUGGAGGGACACCAUAUAGCUUUUCAAGAUGGGUUGGCAGAAGGAGAAUUUGAGGAUUGUGUCAGGGGCACAGGUGAUGGGCUUGCCUCACCAGAGAGUGACGGAAUGCCUCCGUCAGUGGAGGAUAGUGACAGCUCUGACCUUUCCACUCCAUCUCAGGACUGCAACCCCUGUGGGACUGAUGUAAGUCCCAAGGAUUGUCAAGAGGAGGCUUCUGACCCUGCUGUAGUCCAGUCUAUCCUCAAAGCAAACCAGCAUCCUUAUUUUGGAGGUGCUAGACCCAAGCAGCUGCAUGGCCAAGCUCCUAGGGCCUUGCCAGUUACUGAGAGUGAGGACCACGGAGGGAGCGAGAUUUCAGAGUCGCCACAUGUUGGAGACACGGUGGUGAACAACAUUCAUACUCCUUCUGUUCUUGCUGUAGGAGAGGCCCCCGGCCGGUCUACCGGCUCUCCUUAUCAAGAUGGCUAUGAGAACGCCAUUGGGUUUGGCAAGGUGUCAGAGCCUUUGCCUUACCCGGGGGAGACUGGGUCAGAGGGGGAUGGUUGCCUUGAUGACAGUUUGGAGCAAGAGGCAAAUGGACUGGGUUCACAGCAGCCCCCCUGGGUGCCUGACUCUGAGGCUCCUAACUGCAUGAACUGCCUUCAGAAGUUCACCUUCACCAGGAGGCGGCACCACUGCCGAGCAUGUGGCAAAGUGUACUGUGCUGUUUGCUGCAACAAGAAAUGCAGACUGAAGUACCUGGAGAAGGAGGCCAGAGUGUGUGUUGUUUGCUACGACACUAUUCACCGCGCCCAGGCCCUGGAGCGGAUGAUGAGCCCCACAGGGCCCAGCCCCAACCCCAACAUCCCGUCAGAGUACUGCUCCACCAUCCCGCCCCUGCAGCAGGCCCGAGCCGCCGGCACCCUCAACUCGCCCCCGCCCACCGUCAUGGUGCCCGUCUCCGUGCUGAAGCACCCCGGCAACGAGGCGGGAGGGUUCCCGCGGGAGCAGAAGAGGGUGUGGUUCGCUGACGGCAUUCUGCCCAACGGCGAAGUGGCAGACACCACCAAACUGUCCGUGGGGGGCAGGAGAACGUCACAGGAGUCCAGCCCCGUCACGCCAGAACCCCCAGUGGAGAAAUGCGCAGAGCCACAGGAGGACUCGGUGGAGCCGGAGGGGGCUCGGGGACUGGAGGCCGAGCCAGAUGAGCCUGCAGCGCCCCCUGGAGGCCCGGAGGAGCAGGAGCGCCCGGCGCUGGGCGGGCCCUGGGACUGCAGCCUGCUGUGCAGCGUGAGCGGGCAGGUGGAGAGGACCCCCACCCUCAUCCCUGAGGAUGACGAGGGUCUGCCCCCGCUGCUCAUCGCCACCGAAGAGGAGGGUGGAGGAGAUGUGCUGGUGGAAGAGCGCCCUGCACCCGGCCAGAUCCUGCUGCUCCUAGAGGAAGGCGGGCCGCGACCUUUGACCUUCGUCCUCAACGCCAACCUGCUGGUCAACGUCAAGCUGGUCACCUACUCCGGGAAGAAGUGCUGGUGCUUCAGCUCCAACGGGCUGCAGGCCCUGGGCCAGCGGGAGCUGGUGUUUGUGGUGCAGUGUCUCCCGGAGGAGGAGGGCGUUCCCAGGGACAUCUUCAGCCUGUACAUCACCAUCUACCAGGAUGCGCAGAAAGGCCAGUUCAUCGAGGACCUGGGCAACGUGACGUUCACAGAGGGCUUCCUGGGCAGUAAGGAUCACGGGGGCUUCCUGUUCUUCUCGCCCACCUUCCAGCCGCUGGAGGGCCUGGCGCUGCCCCCCGGGCCGUUCCUGUGCGGGGUGCUGAUGCUGAAGCUGGAGGUGCCCUGGGCCCAGGUCUUCCCCCUGCGCCUGCUGCUCAGGCUGGGGGCCGAGCACAGCGUGUACCCCUGCACCCUACUGAGCGUCCGUUUCCGGAAGGCCGUGUUUGGAGAGACGGGGCACACCAUCAUGAACCUCCUGGCUGACCUGAGGAACUACCAGUACAGCCUGCCGCUGGUGGAGGGGCUGCACAUUCACAUGGAGAUGGGCAACAGCAGCAUCCAGAUCCCCAGGACCAGGUUCCAGGAGAUGCUGAAGGUGGUGAAUGCAUCCAACGAGCACGUGAUCAGUAUGGGAGCCAACUUCAGCACGGAGGCAGACUCCCACCUGGUCUGCUUCCAGAACGAGGACGGAAACUACCAGACCCAGGCCAACAGCAUGCUGGGAAAGACCAGGAAAGUGACCGGGGCCAGCUUUGUGGUGUUCAACGGCGCACUCAAAGCCUCCUCAGGAUUCAUUGCCAAGUCCAGCAUUGUGGAAGACGGGCUGAUGGUGCAGAUCCCUCCGGACACCAUGGAGGCUCUGCGGCAGGCGCUGCGGGAUCAGACUGACUUCCAGAUCCCGUGCGGCAGGGCCGACUCGGAGGAGGUGCGGGAGACCGUCCACGUGCGCUGGGUGGACUGGACCCCGGCCGUCAACACCGGUGUGUCCAGCCCGGUGGAUGGGAAGUCUCUUGAAGGGGCACAAAGCGUCCGUAUUCACCAGGACGGAGAGUUCGAGUUGGACGGAAAGACCAUAAAGUGCACCGAGGUGUUCUACCUGCCCAAGACCCCCGAAGGCUCCGUGUCGGCCUUCCUGCCCUCCCGCUGCCCGUUCCCGCGGGAGAUCGCCAUGGCCAGCUGCGCGGCCCUCUGCCCUCACCUCAGCGUCCUGAUGGCCAGCGGCAGGAACCGCCUGGCCCUCCGCGUCUCCACGGACACCGACAUGGUGGAGUACCAGGCCGGGUCGGGCGGGCAGCUCCUGCCGCAGCGCUACAUGAACGAGCUGGACGGAGCCCUCAUCCCUGUCAUCCACGGGGGCGGGUCCAGCGUCCCGCAGCAGCCAAUGGACAUGGAGUUCCUCUUCUACAUCACCGAGUGCACCAGCUGAGCCCCGCCUCAGUCACAGCCCCUGUCAGGGACCCGGUGCGGUUUAGACCCCUUUCCACCCCGCAACCCCUGGCAACGGGGAAGAGCGGAGAGAGACCGAGCCCACGGCGGCCAUUUUGUGUCCUUUUGGGCUGCCCUGUUUCCGGAGCCCUCAGGUUUCUACGAGCAGAUUGAAUCAGCAGGUGGGUGCUGUUCAGCCAUUCUAGGGUGACACUACUCAAGUUAUGAAGGAGUGUGAGAACACUGUCCCGAUCGCAUGUAUUAGUAUGGGUGUGGCAAUUUAUUAUUUUUUUUAAUCUUUCAAAACUGAUUUGCUGUUGAAAGCAAUAGUUCUGAGGUUUUAGUUUGAAGGAUGAUGGUCAUGUGGGAAUGCAGGCUGAAAUGCUACGUAGAUUUUUAGAAACACUGACUUCAAGAUUGACAUGCCGUAUCCGCUCCUGAAGAGGAAUUACGGAUGUGCAUUAUGACUAUUAUUUGAAAGUAUUGUUUCAUAUUGUGGCCGUUUUAAGGUAACUUUGUAAGCCUAUAAAUUAUAGAUGCAGAUUUAUAGAGAUGAUUAUUUCUUUUGGUGAAGUACAAUGCUUUUUUCUGUUGGUGUGUAAAGUUACACACCUGACAAUUAUAUUUUUGUGAUUGUAUAGAAAAUGUAAGCUUACUGAAAUUAUAUCAAGCUCUGAAUAAUGAGCUUAAACAUAUUUUUGAAUGGUUUCGUGAAUUAACUAAAAUUAAUAUUUUUGAUAGGACAUUUUUGGAUGUGUAAGCUUAGCCUCCAAAUGAUACUAUAAACAUACAAAAAGACAGCUUUAGAAACCGUUUGUCAUGCGUUACAUAAACGUUUUUUGCCUCAGUUGAUAAGCAUCUAAGACGACUGUGACUUAAACCCUUAAAUUAGGCUAUUUUAUACUUUGCUGGAGCCCAUUUUGAGCGAGUGUGUGUGAGUGUGAGAGGUGCCUGCUCAGGCAAGCUGAAGGUUCUUGCGUUGGUAAUGAGACUGAAUGACCCAGGGGUGACGCAUAGCGAGUGCAGAGUGCCUGUGGUUGAAUUGGAAGGUUUUUUAAGAAAAGGUUUGGUCAGUGCCACAAACCCAGCCAGUGCUGCUAAGUUUCUGGUUGACUCAGAUGAGUCCAGUGCUGCUAAUACUGCCAUGGUGCCCCUGCGGGCUGUUCUGCACCUGCCAGCCCGUUUAGGAAGGAAUUCAGGAACAUGCUGGGGGAGGAUGACUAUGUGGGGAAAAGGAAAUAAACACCCCUGGCGUUUGCACUUUAAUUUAUUCGCUGAGGGACGGAGGAGCCCAUGCUGUGCUGUGUGUUGGCCACUAGAUGGGGGUAGUGGGACCGUGCCGUCGAUGCUUUUCUGUUCUUUAUGUUUCUGCCCGGAGAUGCACAAGCACGGCUCGCCCUCAGCCAAUCCUGGACCCCGUGGCCUUUCUGUAAAGCCCUUCGGCCUCUGAUUAGCCAAAGCUGUCAAGUGCAGCGGACUACAAAACCCUGAACUACAACACCUCUCUCAAAUGCUUUAUAUUCCUUCUUUUUUAUUUCAUAUUACACAAUAAACAUGGGCUUGAUGGGGCCUGUAUGCUGCAUAACAUGCUUUUUUUGACAUGGUUGUGUGACAAAGCUGCCCCAUUGGCACAGUGUUAUAAUGUAAUUCGCUGCAGGGUUUGUACAGCUAUUUUCAUCCUAUAUUAUGAUUUUAUUAAAAUAAAAAUAAAUCACCCCUCUUCUCCACUUAAUCACUCGGACUCUUUCCUUGUUCCAGUCUAAAUCACACUACAAAUGAAGAGGUAUUAAGCUCUGUGCACUCCUGCCAACCUUAUUAAUGCUGUGCUUUUGUUCAUUUAAAUGAUCACACCAGUGCUGUGUGCGUUAAUAUCCAUGGCAACAAAGCAAUUUAACCUUUGGAGCAAACAUAAUAUUGAUUGAACUACUACAGUACUAUAUGGCUUUAAGGAGGUUUUGUGAACAUUCUCUAAGAUGGAGGUUUCCAGAGAUUUCCAUGCAGAGGAAAGAGGUUGUGUUUAAGUUUAAGGUUAUUUUUGCAGCAUUUUUAAACAAAGACAAACGUUCUGCUCCUGUGUGUUUGCCGUGAAACGUCAAGGGGUUAAUUUAUUUUUGUCACUGUUUAAUAUGAAGUUGAUCGAUGUUGAUUAAUGGAGCUUUCAUUCACGUCAUGACAAAAUGUAUUUUUAUGCUUUUUAAGGAGCUAUUUAUCUGUACCGUUUUGUGAAUUGUAUAUGUACCUGUAUAUAAUCAUGAAAACCAGCAGAUGCAUUUGAUGAUACUUACAUCUGGGAGCUAAGGAUCUUUUUUUCUUCAUAAAAUACAUUUGUAUAGAUGUAUUGCCUAUAGAAUAAAAUAUUAUUUGUAUGUCA